UUUAUUAUCAUUUAAAUUAUUUUCCCUCACUUUCUCUGACCUUUCUUUGCUUCAUCUUCAAAUCUUCCCUCUCCAUCUUGUUCAAAAAAGAGAAAGAAACAAAGUAAUUACGAAACAUCCUUCUUCACGAUAUUUCAAAAUCAAGAUUUGGUUAAAUGGCUCCAUUGAACAGUAAAAUCUUGUGAGUUUGAUCCUUUUAAUACCGAGAGAGGAAGAUCUCAGAUGGCAAACAAGAUAAGUGAAACAGCUUCUUCUAAGAUGGAUGAUUAUGAAGUAGUGGAGCAGAUCGGAAGAGGAGCUUUCGGUUCUGCUUUUCUUGUGAUUCACAAGUCUGAGAGAAGAAGGUAUGUAGUGAAGAAGAUUCGUUUGGCUAAACAAACAGAGAGAUGCAAGCUUGCUGCCAUCCAAGAGAUGAGUUUGAUAUCAAAGCUUAAGAAUCCUUAUAUUGUGGAGUACAAAGAUUCAUGGGUUGAAAAGGAUUGUGUAUGCAUUGUAACUAGUUAUUGUGAAGGUGGAGACAUGACUCAAAUGAUAAAGAGAGCUAGAGGAACAUUUGCCUCUGAAGAAAAACUCUGCAGAUGGAUGGUUCAGCUACUGUUAGCAAUAGAUUACCUCCAUAACAAUCGAGUUCUUCACCGUGACCUUAAGUGCUCAAACAUAUUCCUCACCAAAGAAAACGAGAUUCGAUUAGGUGACUUUGGUCUUGCAAAACUUCUAGGCAAAGAUGAUCUUGCUUCCUCGAUUGUGGGAACACCAAACUACAUGUGCCCUGAACUUCUUGCAGAUAUACCUUACGGCUACAAAUCUGAUAUUUGGUCUUUAGGUUGCUGUAUGUUUGAAGUAGCUGCACAUCAACCUGCCUUCAAGGCUCCGGACAUGGCUGGACUCAUCAACAAGAUUAACCGCUCUUCACUUUCUCCUCUCCCGGUCAUGUAUUCCUCUUCAUUAAAAAGACUGAUUAAAAGUAUGUUACGCAAGAACCCUGAACAUAGACCAACUGCUGCAGAGUUGUUAAGACAUCCUCACUUACAGCCAUAUCUUGCACAAUGCCAAAACUUGUCUCCGGUUUUUAAACCGGUUGUAUCCAAAUCAGAACACAACACCUACGAAAACAGAACAGGCGAGACCCGUCUUGCCCCAAGGACAGGCACUGCGAAGUCCACGAAAACACCAAUGAAACAUAAUCAAGCAUUAAAAGAAGAAGCAGAGGAGAAAGAGAAGAGAAACAAGAAUGCAAGUUCUAGUUCAAAAGACAAAGAGAAGCCAGAAAAGACUCAAGAGAUGUCAUUGCUUAGCACAUUAACGCUACUACGCGAAUAUCAGAAGAAGACUCCGAGAAGCGAGGAGAGAGCAGAAGCGUUGGAAUCUUUGUUGGAGCUUUGUGCAGGUUUACUUAGGCAAGAGAAGUUCGAUGAGCUCGAAGGAGUCUUGAAGCCUUUUGGAGACGAAACAGUUUCAUCAAGAGAGACAGCGAUUUGGCUUACCAAAAGUCUCAUGAAUGUUAAGAGAAAGCAAAAUGAUGAUGAAACCAAUCCUUAAAAACAAAUACUAACCACAACUUUUUUCAUGUAACCAACCAUUGUGUGUAUUAAAGACAUUCAUUG